AUGGGGGGCCCUCCAGAGGGCUCCUUGGGGGCCCGCUGCUGCCUGCAGCUGCUGCUGCUUCUGCUGCUGCUGCUCUCCCUCCCCAACUGUAUCUUCUGUGGUCAACAGCAGCGGGAUGCUGCAGAAGACGGGCUAAGAAGGGCUGGUUCCGGUGCUGAAAGAAACUCCGAUGCAGCGGCAGCAGCAGCGGAUGCUGCUGCUGCUGCUGCUGCAAGUGCUACCCUAGCAGCAGCCGAGCAAACCGCGAAGGCCCAGGUGAACACAAACAGCAUCAGCAGCAGCAACAACAGAGACAGCAACAGCAACAGCAGCAGCAAAAACAGCAGCAGGAACAGCAACAAGAGUAGCAGCAACAGCAGCAGCAGCAGCAGCAGCAACGAUAGGUUUGCAGAGGCAGCUCUGCCUCUGGGAUUCCGCGAGCCUCUAUCUUUAUUGCCUCAGAAAUCAACAGCAGUAUUUAAUAAACUCGCUGCAUGCGCAGACACAGACCCCAGGUGUCAAUACGAACUCUCUGUGUUUUAUUUCCUGGGGAGGCCCCCGCUACCAGCCCGCAGCUUGAAGGCGGCGCUGCAGCUGCUCUGGCUUUCAGCCCGAGGGGGGAGCGCAGACGCCCAGUAUCUUUUGGGGGUUUUACACCAGAACCUAUACUUGCUGCCGAAGGAACCUCCACUUAUAGAGCUGGAUUCUCCUUUACGUGUGGUUGUGGGGCGGGACUAUGAGCUGUCUUUCUUUGCUGGGGAUCGGGCGAUCCCAGCUCCAUGGGGCCCCUUAAAAACAUUAAAAGCAUUUGAAUAUCAUUUACAUUCUACAGCAGAAGUAGAGGGGUUCGGGGCGAAACUAUGGCAGAGGUUGCAGAGCCAUGUUUCUUGGGUUCUAGCGGGGGGCCCCUGGGCUAGGGGGGCCCCCGGGGAUACUAACGGAGGGGCCCAUGAAGAAGAAGGGGCCCCCAAGACUGUGGCGCAGGCGAUGAAGCUGCUGCUGUCUGCACCAGAUCUUGCUUUUAAUCCCCCUUUACCCCUUGUAUAUCUACAUGCUGCAGCAACUGCACUGCAUCCUGCUGCUGCUGCUGCUGUUGCUUGGAAGCAGCAGUUUGCUGCUCUUGAUGGGUCUGUGGGGCAGCAGCAGCAAGCUUGUGCUGCUGCUGCCAACAACUAUCUUCCUGUUGCUAAGGCAACAGCUGGGCUGUACGCCUUAGGGAUCCCUCAAGCUAUUGAAGUGCUGCGGCUGGCCACGGGAACUUUCCCUCUCCAGGGUUCAGAGAUUCAGCGGCUCAGCACAGACCCUGAGCAGCUCGCGAUGCUGCUGCAUGAGGCAGAAGAAGGAAACCUUGCCGUACAUGCGGCACUGGGCCGGAAAUAUCUUUUUGGGGUGGACGGAUUUCCCCAGAACUUUGCAAAAGCUAGAUACCACCUUCUUGCGGCCAGCAAGAGUUGGAAGGGGGAAUCAAAGGGCCUGUUGGGUUAUAUGUACGCCUUGGGCUUAGGAGUUGAACAAGACCUCAAUGAAGCUGCUGAGUGGUUCUUUAGAGGUGCAACAGAAAACGAAGACCCAAUAGCUUAUAAUGGACUGGGUCUUGUGUACUUCUUCGGUACUCCACUUAUCGAAGCUUCGCCUGCAAUGGCCUUCGAAAUGUUCAACAGAAGUGCAACAUUAAAUUCCCCUGAUGGGCAGCUGAACUUGGCUUCUCUCUAUCUCACAGGCACAGGUGUAUCGAAAUCAUUUGUAGAGGCGUUGAAGUGGCUAACCAAGGCCGUACGGGGCGGCAGCACUGGUGCUGCAUACGCCCUAGGAACGAUGCACCUCUCGGGUUUGGGGGCGGUGAGGGAUUGCCCUUUAGCUGUGGGGCUGCUGAAACUCGCUACGGAGAGAGCCCCUUACUUCGCUCACGCGCUGCAGCGGGCCCACGCGGCUUACGAGCAAAGCGCAUUCGAUGAAGCUGCUUUCAACUUUCUUCUUCUUGCAGAGGCGGGCCACGAGGCGUCGCAAAGCAAUUUGGCUUUUUUGUUGGAUGCGGGCCUCACGGACAUCUUCUUUGAUGGUAGCCUCCGACGGAAGCGUUUGCAUGCACAGAGGUUUUACGAAAUGGCAGCGGCUCAGGGGGCCCUGUCUGCGCAACUUAGACUGGGGGACUUUGCGUACUAUGGCUACGGUGUUCGGCGACGCAGUUCCACCAUGAAGUACUCGAGAGACUUUGUUGAUGAGAAGGGUGAUUCUUUCGACGGUUGGCUGUCUCAGCCCAAGUUCUGGUUAGAAGAAGGGGUUAAGGACUUUGCUGAGGCGGCAGCGUUUUAUCGUAAAGUUGCGGACUCUGCCACUUGGGGCCCGGCACUGGCGGCUAAGGCGAGGUAUAACUUGGGGGCAAUGCAUCUCUUCGGCAUCGGAGUGCCGCAGGACUUGUAUCUGGCUACUCAUCAUUUCAAAAGAAGCCUGGAAGCAGACGAACACGCACCAACUGCUCCGGUGUACGCGGGGCUUGCGGCGGUUUAUUUGAUUGAUUUGUUUGAGAGAGUGCUGCAAUCCUUGCUCUUUGAGCCCCGUGUGUUGUUUCUCCUCCUCAACCUCGUUGCGAUGGCGGUGCUGCUGGUUCUCCGUGCGGUGUUGCAGGCACUGAGGAGAGAACGGGGAUUAACUGAUAGAGCAUUCAUCCUCGCUGCUCAGAGAGGCCCUGGACAAGCAGCACAAGCGAGGCAGCAGCAGCAGCAGCAGCAACAGCCACAGCAGCAGCUCCAGCAGCGGCAGCUGCACCAGCCGCAAGUUCAGCAGCAACAGCAGCAGCCGGAUACGCUACAAGAAAAGCAGCAACAGCAGCAGCAACAGCAGCAGCAACAGCAGCAGCAACAGCAGCAGCAACAGCAGCAGCAACAGCAGCAGCAACAGCAGCAGCAACAGCCCGCUAUGCAACUGCAGCAGCAAACGGAGCAGCAACAAGAACAGCAAAAGCAGCAACAACAACAGCCAGAUAUUCCACGCGAAAGGCAGCAGCAGCAGCAGGAACAGCUUGCUGCUCAACAGCAACGGCAGCAGCAGCAGCCAGCUAUGCAACAGCAAGAGCGGCAACAGCAGCAGCAUCCAGAUAUGCAACAGCAACAGCAGCAGCAGCAGCUGGCGCCGAAGAGCACAUCUGGGGCCCAGUAUGAUGAUGCUCAGCAGCAAGCAGAGCAGCUGAAACUACAAGGACAGUCUAAAGAAACAGAAAGCAGCAACAGGGGGAAUCAAGCAGAGGAACCUCCCACCGCAGACAUGGCCGCCCAGCCAAGCAGCAGCAGCAGCAGCAGCAGCAGCAGCAGCAGCAGCAGCAGUAGCAGCAGCAGCACAGUUAGCAACGGUUUAGCAGGGGCGGUGAGUCCCCCUUUGGAUGCCAGCAGGUUCGCCAUGAACGGCACUGUGGGCAGCGACAACGGCAAUAGCAGCAGCAGCAGCAGCAGCAGCAACAACAAAAACGACAACAGCAGCAGCACCAGCAACAAGAGCAGCAGCAACAGUGGCAACAACAACAACAACAGCAGCAGCAGCAGCAAUGACAACAGCAGUUGCAACAUGGGGAAGGAGGCACCAAGUACGGAGGUUAUUGAUCCUUCUGCGCCGUGCCCUCAGGCUGAGGGGGCGCCGCGGGCUGAGCCUAGUGGGCCUUGGCUGCAGCGGGACUGGUCUCCUCCUCCUGCCUUCUAG